AUGCUCAUUAAUCAGUUUAAAAAAGGUUUUCGACUUGCCUGUGUUCAGUUGGCUGUCACAGCUGACAAGGCGGCCAACAUUACCCGUGCUACCAAGUUUAUUGCAGCUGCAGCCAAAAAUGGCGCCAAGAUUGUGGUCCUGCCGGAGUGUUUUAACAGCCCGUAUGGAACCCAGUAUUUCAAAGAUUACUCCGAGAAAAUUCCCGGAGAAACUACGACGACCCUUGCACAGGCUGCGAAGGAAAACAAUGUGCAUAUCAUUGGAGGAUCAAUUCCAGAGGAAUGUGGUGGAAAGCUGUACAAUACACUGACUGCUUUCAAUCCCCAGGGAGAAAUGAUUGCCAAGCACAGAAAGGUGCAUCUGUUUGAUAUUGACGUACCUGGAAAGAUACGGUUCCAGGAAUCAGAAGUGCUUGCUCCAGGAAACAACCUGACGAUGUGCGAUACACCCUACUGCAAGAUUGGUCUCGGCAUUUGCUAUGACAUUAGGUUUGCCGAAAUGGCACGAGUUUACGCAAACAGUGGUUGUAAGCUGUUGGUCUAUCCAGGCGCUUUCAACAUGACAACAGGUCCUGCACACUGGGAGCUGCUCGCACGAGCCCGUGCCGUUGACAGCCAGCUAUACGUCUGCAGUGUCUCACCAGCCAGAGACGAGACGGCUACAUAUACCGCCUGGGGACAUACGUUAAUUAGUAACCCAUGGGGAGCAUUGAUGGGUGAGGCUAAAGAAAAGGAGGAGAUAGUCUAUGCAGACAUAGAUUUGAACUACUUGGAUGAAGUAAGAGACGCAAUUCCAGUUACAAAGCAGCGGAGAGAGGAUGUGUACACAAUGUCAAAGGCCCUCUAAGGUUAGGCCUAUGCCUUUUUCUAUCCGGCUACCAUUGGUCUGUUGGUGAUCAAAUAUAUCGCUGAUUGCUCAAUAAUACAAAUCACAGUUAUUAUUUGGUAAUAUCAGUAUUAUAUAUUUAUAAAUCACAUCUUUUGUCUGCCCCAAAAUUUCCAGAACAGUUAAUAUGGAUAUAUGGUUCUUGUUUGAAACACAUUUUCCUUUAUGAUAGUCUCUGAGAAUUGUCAUUAUUUCUUACUAUGUGGUGCUGAUACACGUCUAAUAGCUGCAGGAGGCCUAAGCUAAUUGCUAAUUAUGAAAAAUACAGAAAAUCUUAUCAAUGUUUCGCAUAUAUAUCGUAUAUAUAUGUAGUUUGUCCCCGUUAUGCCAUCACUUGAAGGUGUCUAGUCUUAGUAAUUCUGAUUAUGACGAGUAUUGUGAGUGCUUUGAUAGGUAAACAUCACUUGAAAAUGAUUUUAUAGUACAAAGUUGUUUAAUAAAUUAUUGCAUGUGAACGUUUUAUGUGAGCAUUACCUGAAAACAGCUACAUCUGAUUUAAUUUUAAGGGUUUGACAUUGCUGAUUGCAAAUAAUCUAAACACAAUAUACAUUGUUGGUCAAAAAUCUUUGCUAAGGUGCUAGUGUACACAUUUCUACACGUACAACAUGAAAUGGUAAGUGAUACAUCAAUAUACAUUUCUAGCAUAGGCAUGUUAAUGACAUUAUGUCAAUGGAAAAAUUGCCAGGAGAAAGACUGUUGAGAAAGGCAAUUGAAGCCUCUACAUUAUACUUGAAUUUCAGAAUGGAUGGUGCAAAUAGCAUUGCAAGGUGCAUCACUUCGUGAGAACCUAUACACCAACUUCUGUGCCUUUUUUCAGUGGGUUGCUAUAAAUGCUCUAGACACUCAUGCAAACACACACAUAACUCGUUUCGAUUUUGAUGAAUUAUUUAUGUAUACAUUGUGAAUGAUUUGCAUUUUUAAGGUAUUUAAUUAGAAACCACAUGAACUUAUCCAAAUGCUUGGUUUCCGUGGGUGAAAUGUUUUUCUGCACAGAGCACACGCACUGCACGUAUUUAUUGACAUAUUAGCUGUAUAUUCAUGUAAAACAACCAAGUCUAUAUUUUAGUA